AUGGCGGGAAUCGUCAACGGUCCUCUUUCUCUCUUCCGCAAAUCGGACUCUACAAAGCCUCUUCAUGCUAGAUGGGGCGAUGUGGCCAUCUCGGUUCCUACUGAUGGGUCAUGGAACCAGUAUGACAACCCUCAUCGGCCAGUCACAGAGAGGCAACCAUACGGACCCGGAUAUGUCCCCGACUGCUCUCCCCAAGACCGAAACCCUCGUCCAGUGAGAGAUGAUGACCCAGAGGACGACGCCCACAGUGUUUCAAGCCUGGCAUCAACUGUCUCCCGCCGCAACUCACUGUCACUGGGAGCGUUGCGACCGGGUCGACUCUCUGCGCGUCUAUCCUCACGACCCAAACAUCUGCGAGGGGAAACGGCGUCGGAAAGAGCUGCCCAGCGCGAGGAGCAAAAGAGAGCAGAGUUUGCCUACAGACCGAUUCAACAAGAUUAUACCUCCGAGGUUGUUGAAAAGUCGUCCAGUAACCGAUUCAAGUAUAUCCCAACCAAUGGACGAUAUCUUGAAGGAUCGAGCUCUCGCUCUGGCGCACCGCGCAGUCAGUCAGUAAGCUCAUAUCGGACGUCUUAUUCUCGCCGAGAAUCACUCGCCGAAUCCAUCGAUGAAGGAGAUGAUGGCUACGAGCGCGAGCGCUUCCAAUCUCAAACACCGAUGGCUCGUGGAAGUGCUUACAUAGAGGAUGACCGUCGGAGUCUCCGGUCGAGUCUGGGAGAUAGUUCGGACAGUUCCAGUGGUCGACGAAAUAUUGGACUGCCGCCUCGACGUAAUACGUCGCCGUUUGUGGCGGCUGAUCGGCGACGGGCUUCUUCUGCCAAGCCGAUGACUUUGGCGAUGGUUCCUGAUCCCGAUGAACUCUAUGAGUAA